AAUAAUCUAAAGCAAUCUGUAAGGACCUGACCUUAGUCCAUCCAGAUCAAUAGGGAAGUGAGGGUGGAAAGAAGAAGAAGAGGAAGAAAUAAGGGGCGCAACCGGAUCGUUUACACUGGCUGUUACCGAGGAAAUAUAGACUUCCCUUGCCUGCACCUUUUGUUGCUCACAUGCUCACACUGUAAAAGUGGAUAUCGAGGCAAUUCCCUUGCUUUGUGUGAUUGCAGCAGACUUUUUCCCCUUUUCCUACCGCCAUGUCGUUCCCUCAGCUGGGAUAUCAGUACAUCCGACCGAUAUACCCGCCGGAGCGCCAGGGGAUCGCCAGCAAUGCCCGGACCGGGACAGAGCUCAGUCCGUCCGGCGCACUCUCCAACGUCCUCUCCACUAUGUAUGGAUCUCCUUUCGCCGCAGCAGCGCAGGGCUAUGGAGCGUUUCUGCCCUACUCAAACGAUAUAUCAAUUUUCAAUCAAUUGGGUGCUCAGUAUGAACUCAAAGACAGCCCCGGUGUCCAGCACCCAGGCUUUGCCCACCAUCACCCUGCUUUUUAUCCGUAUGGCCAAUAUCAGUUCGGGGACCCAUCCAGACCCAAAAACGCCACCAGGGAGAGCACCAGCACCCUGAAGGCCUGGCUCAGCGAGCACCGCAAGAACCCCUACCCGACCAAGGGCGAGAAGAUCAUGCUGGCCAUCAUCACCAAGAUGACCCUCACCCAGGUGUCCACCUGGUUCGCCAACGCCAGGAGGAGGCUAAAGAAGGAGAACAAGAUGACCUGGGCCCCUCGGAACCGCACCGACGAAGAGGGAAAUGUUUACGGCAGCGAUCACGAGGGGGAGGAGGGGGACAAGAGGGAGGACGAGGAGGAGAUCGACUUGGAGAACAUCGACACGGAAAAUAUUGAGAACAAGGACGACUUGGACGACCAGGACGACCUGCAUUCAGAUAUUAAACUAGACGGGAGGAGUGACUCUGAGAUUUCGGACGGCUAUGAGGAUUUACAAGGGCCCGACCAGAGGUUUCUAAAGGCUGUGGGAAAAGAGGGCAAAGACGUGGAGAGGGGAGGAGAGCACUUCCACCACCACCACCAUCACCACUCUUCUUUGGACACCAAAGCGUCCCAGGCCAACGGCGAACCGCUCAAACUUAACCCGGUGUCCGUUAGCUCGCCGCCCUCAGAAAACCACCCUGCCCCAGCCCAAAAGCCAAAGAUCUGGUCUUUGGCAGAGACGGCCACGGCCCCUGACAAUCCGCGCAAGUCGCCACAAAUGAACGGCAGCAACUCCGCAGGGCCCGCCGCCCAGACCAUAAUCGCCCCACAUAGACUCAUCUCUUCGUGUCCCGUUGGGAAAAUCCAGAACUGGACGAACCGAGCCUUCUCGGCGCAUCAGCUGGCUUUACUGAACUCAAAUCAUUAUCUGGGACUGGCGAACCAGGCCACUGCCACCGGCCUGGCCCUCUACAGCAGCAGGCACACGGAGGACAAGAGUCAUAGUUCAGAGACUUCAGUCACAGGUACAUGUCCCCGACACUGAGACGCGCAUGUGUGAGUCACUACAAAAACAAAAGACACUAGCCCGUUGCCCGUCACUCAUUUCUAUUAUUUUAGACCUCCCUUUGCCUUCUUUGCCUGUUCAUGGAUUUGUUUUCUCUCUUUCUCCAGGCCACACAGAUGAACAGUGUUACAAUAUAAUAGCUUACAGAAUACAGUGUGUGUGAAGUACGUGUGUGUGUGUGUGUGUGUGUGAGAGAGAGAGAGAGAGAGAGAGAGAGAGAGAGAGAGAGAGAGAGAGAGUGUGGGUGGGUGUAACUGCUUUGAAAAAUGUCCUAGAGAAUUAUAAAAAAAACCUCAUCAGAAAGCAUUUAAGACAAAAAUGUCAAACGUUGAAUUGGGUGAAAAGUGUUUUUAAUAUUGGUGUCCGUUCCCUCCUUUUUUGGUAUUGCUACAUCCAUGUGAUAUUGAGGCCCACGUGCUUUUAUUCGAUGGUUUACAUAAGUCCCUCAUCCUAUUUAAGCCAACUAGUUUUCAACACUAAAUUCAUUGAAACCCGGUAUGGGCUCUGAGAAGAGGCAGUUCAAUGAAUGCAUUUUAAUUUUCAUUGCCACAAUUUCAGAGAGAUCUAGUGCCUUGGAUGCAGAGGAAAAAAAGUUGUUAAAAACAGCUUUCCACCCAGUUCAAAGAUAGCGAGGCUGUCAAUUGAUGACAUUUGGGAAUUUUUGUUUUUGAUGCCAUAUCACAUUUUCUUUUUUUAAACGCAAUAUUUACCCAAAUUAGCUUUUAUUCUAAGAUUUGUCUUCUUUUUUUUAAUCCCUGUGUGUGUGUGUGUGUGUGUGUGUGUGUGUGUGUGUGUGUGUGUGUGUGUGUGUGUGUGUGUGUGUGUGUGUGCGUGCGUGUGUGUGUGUGUGUGUGUGUGUGUGCGCAUGUGUUUUUUUCGUCAAGGCCUAUGUUACACUUACUUGUUUGGUCAUGCAAAUGAGCUCAAUGCAAAUUCACUACAGGCUCGUUUUUGAAAGGCAAUUGUCACUUUUAUAUCUUUUUUUUUUUGUUUUGUUUGUUGCUUUUCCCAAAGCUAUUAUUAGUAGGAUUUCUUUUUAGAUCACCACAAUUUUGUUUCUGUUACCCCAGUGUAUUUCAGGCCUCAGAACCAACUAGAAACAGCGGUGGUUCUUUCGGUCUCUCUCCUCUCCAUAACCUCACACCAAUCCUCUUUAUUCUUUCUUUAUUUUUAUUUGAAUAUGGAAUGUAAAAUAAGAAUAAUACAUCUCUGUAUACUUACAUUGUAAGCAUGUCCUGUGUAAAACUGCUAAUGUAAUAAUGUAUGAACCUGUAGUCUGUGAGUUUUUUUUUCUUUUUGUAAGUUCUGUGAGGAUUUGAUGUUCAAAUGUUUUGUAUAUAAAGUUAAGAAUAUGUACAUACUUGUGAACCAAAUUGUACAAGAAAGUCUAUAUUUUGGCUAAUAAAUGAACUGCUGCAACUUU